AGCUCUGGCCGGGAGAAGGGAGGGAGAGGCGCGGAGUGAGGGCGGGUCCGCGCGUCCUCCGAGCCAGGCUGAUCCGAGCGAACCGCAGCUCGCAGACUUCUCCCGCACGGGGCUGGAGUGUGUUCCCAGGAGCCUGGGACUCACGCCCCCGAUCUGCAAACCAGAAAGGAAUCUAUUCCUUAGCCUUUUGGAAUAGCACUUGGGGCUGGCAGCAUGAGUCCUGGGAGGCGCCGGAGCACCCCUUGUCUUUUCCCUUUGCAGCUCUUCAGCCUCUGCUGGGUGCUCUCAGUGGGGCAAAGCAAGACAGUCCGGUACAGCACCUUCGAGGAGGAUGCCCCCGGCACGGUCAUCGGGACCCUCGCUGAAGAUCUGCAUAUGAAAGUGUCCGGAGACACAAGCUUCCGCCUGAUGAAGCAAUUCAACAGCUCUCUGCUCCGGGUGCGCGAGGGGGACGGGCAGCUGACCGUCGGGGACGCAGGCCUGGACCGGGAGCAGCUGUGCGGCCAGGCCCCCCAGUGCGUGCUGGCCUUCGACGUGGUCAGCUUCUCCCAGGAGCAGUUCCGGCUGGUGCACGUGGAGGUAGAGGUGAGGGAUGUGAACGACCACGCGCCCCGCUUUCCUCGGGCCCAGAUCCCCGUGGAGAUCUCCGAAGGGGCGGCCGUGGGCACGCGCAUCCCCCUGGAGGUGCCGGUGGACGAGGACGUGGGGGCCAACGGGCUGCAGAGCGUGCGCCUGGCCGAGCCGCACAGCCCCUUCCGAGUGGAGCUGCAGACGCGUGCGGACGGCGCGCAGUGCGCCGAUCUGGUGCUGCUCCAGGAGCUGGACCGCGAGAGCCAGGCCGCCUACAGCCUGGAGCUGGUGGCCCAGGACGGGGGGCGCCCGCCGCGCUCUGCCACUGCCGCCCUCAGCGUGCGCGUGUUGGACGCCAACGACCACAGCCCGGCCUUUCCGCAAGGCGCCGUGGCCGAGGUAGAACUGGCCGAGGACGCGCCGGUGGGCUCGCUGCUGCUGGACCUGGACGCAGCCGACCCCGACGAGGGGCCCAACGGCGACGUGGUUUUCGCCUUCGGCGCCCGCACCCCACCCGAGGCCCGCCGCCUCUUCCGGCUCGAUCCGCGCUCCGGCCGCCUCACCCUGGCCGGCCCGGUGGACUACGAGCGCCAGGACACCUACGAACUGGACGUGCGGGCCCAAGACCGAGGCCCCGGGCCUCGCUCCGCCACCUGCAAGGUCAUCGUGCGCAUACGCGACGUCAACGACAACGCUCCGGACAUCUCCAUCACCCCUCUGGCCGCCCCCGGAGCACCAGGCACCUCACCCUUCGCUGCUGCAGCUGCCGCCGCUGCGCUCGGAGGAACCGACGCGACCGCCUCGGCCGGGGCCGGGGCCGGGAACCCCGAGGCCGGAGCCACCUCGCUCGUGCCAGAAGGAGCGGCGCGCGAGAGCCUGGUAGCGCUGGUCAGCACCUCGGACAGGGACUCGGGCGCCAAUGGGCAGGUGCGCUGCGCCCUCUAUGGGCACGAGCACUUCCGGCUGCAGCCGGCCUACGCGGGCAGCUACCUGGUAGUGACCGCGGCGUCCCUGGACCGCGAGCGCAUCGCCGAGUACAACCUGACCCUGGUGGCCGAGGACCGCGGCGCGCCCCCGCUGCGCACCGUGAGGCCCUACACCGUGCGCGUGGGCGACGAGAACGACAACGCGCCGCUCUUCACCCGGCCGGUCUACGAGGUCUCCGUACGUGAGAACAACCCACCUGGCGCUUACCUGGCCACGGUGGCCGCCCGUGACCCAGACCUGGGCCGCAAUGGCCAGGUCACCUAUCGACUAUUAGAGGCCGAAGUGGGCCGCUCCGGCGAUGCGGUGUCCACCUACGUCUCCGUGGACCCGGCUACUGGCGCCAUCUACGCGUUGCGCAGCUUCGACUUCGAGACGCUGCGCCAGCUCGACGUGCGUAUCCAGGCCAGCGACGGCGGAUCCCCGCAGCUCUCCAGCAGCGCUCUGGUGCAAGUGCGAGUGCUGGACCAGAACGACCAUGCGCCGGUCCUGGUGCACCCGGCACCGGCCAAUGGUUCCCUAGAAGUAGCCGUCCCCGGGCGCACCGCAAAGGACACGGCCGUGGCCCGCGUCCAGGCCCGCGACGCGGACGACGGCGUCAACGGGGAGCUGGCAUUCGACCUGCAACAGCAAGAACCCCGCGAAGCCUUCGCCAUCGGCCGCCGCACGGGGGAGAUCGUGCUCACCGGAGACCUCUCGCAAGAGCCUCCGGGCCGCGUGUUCAGGGCGCUGCUGGUCAUAUCCGACGGCGGCCGCCCGCCUCUCUCCACCACCGCCACGGUCAGCUUCGUGGUUACAGAAGGCGGCGGGCGCGGGCAGGGCGCGCCCGCCAGUGCGGGGAGCCCGGAGCAAUCGCGCCCGCCUGGCUCGAGGCUCGAGGCGGCGGGGCCUGCACUACAGUGGGACACUCCGCUGAUCGUCAUCAUCGUGCUGGCCGGGAGCUGCACGCUGCUGCUGGCCGCCAUCAUCGCCAUCGCCACCACCUGCAACCGCCGCAAGAAGGAGCCCUACGGCGCCUCCCCGGGGUUUGGAAAGGAGCCGGCGGCCCCGGUGGCGGUCUGGAAGGGACAUUCCUUCAACACCAUCUCCGGCCGGGAAGCGGAGAAGUUCAGCGGCAAAGACAGCGGCAAAGGGGACAGUGAUUUCAACGACAGCGAUUCGGACAUCAGCGGGGACGCUCUGAAAAAGGACCUCAUCAACCACAUGCAGAGUGGAUUGUGGGCGUGCACUGCUGAGUGUAAGAUCCUGGGCCAUUCUGACCGCUGUUGGAGCCCAUCCUGUGGGGGCCCCAAUGCACAUCCUUCGACUCACCCACCUGCUCAGAUGUCCACCUUCUGCAAGAGCACGUCCCUGCCUCGAGAUCCUCUGCGCAGGGACAAUUACUACCAGGCCCAGCUGCCCAAGACAGUAGGGCUGCAGAGCGUCUAUGAGAAAGUUCUACACAGAGACUAUGACAGGACAGCCACUCUGCUCUCCCCUCCCCGUCCAGGGAGGCUCCCAGACCUGCAGGAGAUCGGAGUGCCCCUCUACCAGUCCCCCCCUGGAAGAUACCUGUCCCCCAAAAAGGGAGCCAAUGAAAAUGUGUAAUUUCAUGCUGCAUGUCUUCACACACAUAUACAGGUCACUCUGGAGAAACCCCUAAGUUAUUGACCGGUUUCAGUGUUGUAUAUAUAAAUAUGCAAGAUGUGCCUUAAAAAUGAAGUUGUUGGAAGCUAAUUUCCAAUCACAUUGGUACUGUUUGGUAUUUGCAAACAAAAAAAAAGUAGUUAAUGUAAUUUUUAUGAAAUGUGUGCAGCAUUUAAUUUUUCUUAUCAUGCUGUUGACUUUAAUUUCUCUUGCAGCUUGCCAUUUUCUUAGUGUUUUUAACCUGUACAUUGUGUAAUGUAAUGUUUGUAUAUAAUGAAAUUUUGUUAUAUUUUUAUAUAAUAAAAGCUAAAGUGGAAGUUAUUGCCAAAGGAACUGUCUGUAAGACAAAAAAAAAAAAAAACAUGUUGAAAUUACUUAAUGGAAAUUUAUCUUUCACCAGAAACAACCUAGUGUUUGAGAAGUUUUGCCUUGCCAAGUAUAACUUGUAUAUCUUGAGUCGGUGGUAGAUUUCAAGUUGAUGUUAUUUAAUUACAUUUGGUUUUCUGUAAACCAUGUCACUUAUAAGCACAGUAAUAAAGGAUUUGUCAUGUGUUUGAAGAAU